AUGACACAUGAGAACAAUAUAGUAUUUGUGCGCGGAAAGAAGAGAAAGGCCAAAGACAUCAGUUUGGCGGCUGAACUCGGAUUACCGGACGAAUAUUGUAAUCAGAGCGCGCAGGAUCUUUUGAAGGGUGCGAUUGGAGAGUGGAUGACACUUUUAGCGAAUGACUUCGAGGCAGGUUUCAAAUGCGUGCUCCAAUAUGACGAGAUGUCUUUUCGCCAGUAUUUACGCCAGGUUGUCCAAUGGCCACACCAAGUGAUCGACUUUGUGGAGAUGAUGACGAGUCAAACCAAUCAAUAUGAUUUAAGUUUCACGGAGGUCAUUAUGCAGUACCUAGACUUUGGUACCAAAGAAUGGGUUACAAUCAAAGGUGGCAUGUCCCGGCUGAUUGAUGCCAUCGCCAGUCUCGUUGGAGCCCACAAUAUUCACAGGAACGCAGCCGUCAGAGAGGUUCAUACGAGUCCUGGCAAAAAGGUUAGUCUUGUGAUUCAGGGGGCCUCUUCUACUAUAACCAGAGUAUUUGACAGGGUUAUCAUGGCAAUACCUCUCUCAUCACUGAAAAAUAUGUUGGAACGACCGCGCUGGAGUUUCGUCAAGGAGCAGGCAAUAAGUGCUACUUAUUAUGAACCACUUUAUAAGAUGGGCAUCCACUUUCGAUCUCGUUUCUGGGAAACAUUUGCUACCCCAUGCUUUGGAGGCCAAAGUAUGACCGAUCUUAGAGUGCGAUGGGUGAUCUAUCCGUCCAAUGACCUGGGAGCUAAUAGGUCUGGUGUUUUACUCUUGUACUCCUGGAUGGCAGACGCUGUACGGUGGAGUGCCAUGCCGUUUGAAGAUCGUGUCCAACUAGCUCUGCACGACCUCAGAACAUUGUUUGCUGGGGAAGAUGAAGCAUUGGACGUUUAUGAGGAGUUCAUCGAAGCAUUCGAUAUCAGCUGGUCCUGCCAUUCGUCAACAGGGGGAUGGUACAUUGCUCCUAAGGGUUCAAAGAACACGUUUAUGGCCCCGGUUGCGAUGGGGUUCCUUUCUUUACCAGCAGACACCAUAAAAUAUAUUGUCUCCUAUCUGACCGUCUUGGAUCGUUUCCGACUCAAACUGGCAGGGAACCACUUCCUCGCCGCUUUAAUAUCUACCGUUCCCCGAGCGUCUUUCCAAACGUGUCUUGCACAACUGGAGCCGUUGACGUCGAAAUGUUGGUAUAUGAAUACGGGCCCAGAAAAAGCACUCCAUAUCGCAUGUGAGGAAGGAUAUGACGCAUUGGUCCACAAAUUACUACUCGCAAAUUCACACUUAAUAAGCUUGACUUGCUUAGAGAAAUGCUUGACUGCUGCCAUUGUUUGUCGCCAGGAGUCAGUUGUGCGGAUGCUUCUUGUGCGUUUACCCACCGAACCGUUCUUGGAGUUCCUUGACAAGAUCCGUCUUCGAAGGAUCUGGUAUAUGACAAAAACGACUGUGGUGGAAAAUUUACUCGAGACAGCCGCCGUGCGGAACUGCGAGUGGGCUAUCCCACUGUUGUUGAAGCAUGGCGCGCGGCCUUCAUCUCGACGUGGUAUACAGGCGCUGAGCGCUGCCGCUUCAGCUGGAUAUGAAGAAGUUGUGGCGAUGUUGUCUAAGCGAAUACUAUGGUCUAUAGGCAGCAAGCUCUCAGGUAUCUUGAUUAAGGCCGCCCAGGGGGGGCAUGAGGGAACUGUCAAGAUUCUUCUCGAUAGAGGUGCCGAAAUGCCUCAUGACCCUUCUUUUCCAGGUGCAAAGCAUCUGGCGGCAAAGGGGGGACAUGAGAACAUCUUCAAACUCCUGGUCUUAAAGGAUCGUGAAGACUAUUUUGUGAACCCACGCAUUCAGCUUGACAAAGGAGUCCACAUGUACUCUUCUCGCGCGCAGAUAAAGUCAACCCAACAUGACCUAAAGUGGUGUGCUUUGCACUUUGCCAUUUAUGGUAGGAAUUUUAACAUUGUUAAAGUCUUGUUAGAAAGGGACAUGGUGCCGCAACAUCAUGCUCAACACAGAGCAACGGCCUUGCCUCUUGCUUCUAAGCGUGGUUGUACAGACAUAGUCAAGCUACUUCUGGAGACCGGAUUUGUUGUUUCCGCACGACUACAGGGAAGGUCCGCGAUACAGUUAGCUGCAAGGUACGGCUACGCAGAGGUGAUAACUUUACUUCUGGAUGCCGGGGCAGCAGUGGGUUCGUGUGAUCUACUGAAUGCGGCAUGCAGCGGCUCUGUAGCAGUGGUAUCGCUCCUUCUUGACAAGGGUGCAGAUAUACAAGAAAAGGCGUAUAUCUCAGAGGAAACAGCGCUUCAUGUUGCAGUCCGUCAUCAUCAUCCAGAGGUUGUCCGUGUCCUUCUCAAAUCUGGUGCAAAGACCGACGUAAUGGACCAUUACGGGUAUACACCCUUGGCAUUUGCAAUCGGGCAUAAUCAAGAGAAGUGCAUCAACUUACUAGUCGAGUACGGCGCUGACAUCGAAUUCGUAUCUUUGAACCGGACUGGACGUCGUGGAAAUGCGCUAUGUUGUGCGAUUGAUUCCAAUAAGGCCCAUCUAAUACCUUUGCUUCUUCAGCACGGUGCAAACAUCGAAUCAGAAGGUUAUGAGGGCAAGAGGCCCUUUCACCGGGCAGCUAUGCAAGGAAACAUUGCAGCUCUUGAAGCGCUCCUCACUUCUGGCGCUGACAAAAACGCCAGAGAUGCGUUGCAACAAACAGCCUUGCAUCAUGCAUCCCUAGAAGGUGCCACUGAUGCAAUACGUGCGCUCCUGCGGUGGGGUCUAGAUAUCCACGCCCGAGACGAAUAUGGUCAAACACCGCUACACAAGGCCCCGUUGUCCCCCUACGCGGAUUCCUCCACAGUGUACAACUUAUUAGUUAGCCAUGGUGCGGACCCAGAAGCAAAAGACAAUGGAGGGAAGAGUGCAUCUAGUUACCUUGCUGACAGGCGUGAAGCGUAUUAUGACAGGCUGACACGCGGACAGUGA